AUGUUUGCUAGUUCUUCCCGCGGGGGCCGGGGGCCCGUGGGAGGAGGGGGCAAAUUCAGCCUGGAGGAGCUCUACGGCCUGAACAAGAAGAGCAAGAUCCGCGGCGGUGGAGACGGCAGCCAGCGUCGAAGCCCCAAGAGACAGGGGGUCCCUCUGGGCCCGGAUGGGGAGGCCCUGAAUUCUCCCCAGGGAGUGGAGGCCACCAGGUGUUGCCUGGAGAAACGGCGGAUGGAGAGCUACCUGAUGGAGGCCGGGAUGUUGGCGGAGGAAGCCGAGAGGAGCCAAACCAGCAUGAGAUACAGUGAGAAAGUCGCCAAAAGGGGCUCAGGGCUGAAAGGGUCCCUGCAGAGACUCCAGCUGGGAUACGUGGACAUCGUCUUCGCUAACCGGAUGGAUGCUAACAGCCCCAUGGAAGAGGGUGACCUGAACUUCCGGGUGUCCUUGCUGGAAGAGAUCGUCCGAGCCAUGACUUACGUCAUCAACCAAGGCAUGGCUAUGUACUGGGGGACUUCGCGCUGGAGUGCAAUGGAGAUUAUGGAAGCUUACUCGGUAGCCCGGCAGUUCAACCUCAUCCCACCUGUGUGCGAACAGGCUGAAUAUCAUAUGUUCCAGAGGGAAAAAGUGGAGUCCCAGUUGCCAGAGUUGUAUCACAAGAUAGGUGUGGGAGCCAUAACUUGGUCUCCGCUGGCAUGUGGACUCAUCACGGGGAAAUAUGAGGAUCGCGUGCCAGACAACUGCCGGGCUGCCAUGAAGGGCUACCAGUGGCUGAAGGAAAAGCUGCAGAGUGAAGAUGGGAAGAAGCAGCAAAGCAAAGUGAAAGCGUUGCAGCCCAUCGCCGAACGCCUGGGCUGCACCGUGGCGCAGCUGGCCAUUGCCUGGUGUCUCCGCUCGGAAGGGGUCAGUUCCGUGCUUCUGGGGGUCUCUAGCGCUGAGCAGCUCAUUGAGAACCUGGGAUCCAUUCAGGUCCUAACCCAGCUGACCCCUCAAGUCAUCCAAGAAAUUGACGCGGUCCUGGGGAACAAACCCAACGCCAAGAAGGAGUCCCGGGCAUAGGAGG